UCUUCCUAGGCUAUAAAUUUGCUGCUAUUGUAUCUUGGUUUUUGAACUGCAGCACGACACUACAGCCUUCACGCUACGGUCUUCACUCCACAGCCUCCAUACCUAGGUAUCAAACCACACACCACCACACACCACCACACACCACCACACAAUACCACACAAUACCACAACACAACUCCACAACACAACCCCACCAAAAUGCCAACCUUCUCCCAAACCUUCUCCUCAACCUCCAGCACCAUAAACGGCCGCACCACAUCCCGCACCCACGCCUCCGUGACCGACAGCACCGGUACGCGCGUGCACACCACGAGCCAGGACGCCGGCCAGCCGCUGCGGGAGGAGUCGUAUCAGGUUGAUGGGCGGGGGAGGAGGGUUGAAGGCGGGGGCGGGGGUGGGGGAGGUGCGGGGAGAAUUGAAGGUGCGGGCAGGAUCGAGGAUGUGACGGAUGCGGAGGCGAAGAGGGAGGAGAUGGAGCGGCAGAAGGAGAAUGAUAGGUUGUAUGAGGAGAGGAUGGAGGAGGAGUAUGCUAAGCGGGAGGGUGGUGCUUAGGGGGAGUGUGGGAUUUAGGGGAGUGUGGGAUUUAGGGGUGUGGGGUUUAAGGGAGUGUGAGGUUUCUUACUGAGGUCUAAGUUCGUACUGUGUUGAUGCUGUGGUCUAGCAUGUACAAGUCACGAUGUUCAAUUUCCGUCUGC